GAUUCGUUUCCUGCGGACGCCGGGAGGAGCCAAACAUUAAGAGGAUGAGCAACACCUCGGAGCGGACUGAUUAAAUACUCUACUGAAUCAAAAGUGACUCACCAACGAGAUAGCUACAUUUGUGUGGACUCGUCUAUCGUCAUUUUGAGAGAUGAUGAUGACCUCACUCAGCUAGUGACCUGACCUCCCAGUCCCAGAGCGUCCUCAACCAGGCAACCCAGCCGUGACAGAACCAGUCAUUGGACAGCACAAUAGUAUUAUAUAUAUGCCAUUUAGCAGACGCUUUUAUCCAAAGCCACUCAUCUGUGCAUACAUUUUACGUAUGGGUGGUCCCACAGUGACAGUGUUCAAUUUCUACUAGCAUCAUGGCUGCCAGCCAGCAGAAAGGCACUGCAGUGCUGGAAACCUCAACAGAGGGAAAGCGAACAGAGCUCAGGGCCAAUGAAGUACAGAAGAAAUGCUCAUGGGCCUCUUAUAUGACCAACUCCCCCACUGUGAUUGUCAUGAUUGGUCUUCCUGCCAGAGGGAAAACCUACAUGUCCAAGAAGCUAACCCGCUACCUCAACUGGAUAGGAGUGCCAACCAAGGUGUUCAACCUGGGGGUCUACAGGCGAGAGGCUGUAAAAGCCUACAAAUCCUAUGACUUCUUCAGACAUGACAACGAGGAGGCCAUGGAAAUCAGGAAGCGGUGUGCUCUGGUAGCUCUGCGGGAUGUCAAAGCUUAUCUGACUGAGGGGGGCCAGAUCGCUGUCUUUGAUGCCACAAACACCACCCGAGAGAGGAGAGAAUUAAUCCUUAGUUUUGCAAAGGAACAUGCUUACAAGGUGUUUUUUGUGGAGUCAUUGUGCGACGACCCUGAUGUCAUUGCUGCUAAUGUUAUGAAUGUGAAGGUAUCCAGUCCAGACUACCCAGAGAGACACAGAGAGAGUGUGAUGGAGGACUUCCUGAAGAGAAUAGAAUGUUAUAAAGUCACGUACCAACCAUUAGACCCAGAUGAAAAUGACAGGGACCUGUCCUUCAUCCAGGUCAUCAAUGUGGGCCGGAGCUUCCUGGUCAACAGGGUGCAGGACUACAUCCAGAGCAAGAUCGUGUACUACCUCAUGAACAUCCACGUGCACUCUCACUCUAUCUACCUGUGUCGGCAUGGAGAGAGCGACCACAACGUGGAGGGACGCAUCGGGGGUGACGCAAUGCUGUCUGUUGAAGGGAAAAAGUUUGCUGGAGCGCUUAAGGGUUUUGUGGAGGAGCAUGGUCUGUCAGACCUAAAGGUGUGGACCAGCCAGCUGAGACGGACCAUCCAGACUGCUGAGGAGCUUGGGGUGCCCUACGAGCAGUGGAAGAUACUCAACGAGAUCGAUGCAGGUGUGUGUGAGGAGAUGACCUAUGAUAUAAUCGAGAAAACCUACCCUGAGGAGUUUUCCUUGAGAGACCAGGACAAGUACCACUACCGCUACCCAGGGGGAGAGUCCUACCAGGACCUAGUGCAGAGGUUAGAGCCGGUCAUCAUGGAACUGGAGAGACAAGGCAACGUGCUGGUCAUCUGCCACCAGGCUGUCAUGCGAUGCCUGCUCGCUUACUUCCUGGAUAAGAGUGCAGAUGACCUGCCCUACUUGAAGUGUCCCCUCCACACGGUUCUAAAGCUCACCCCUGUGGCUUAUGGCUGCAAAGUGGACAUGUUUGACCUGAAAGUGAAGGCUGUGAACACUCACCGGGAUAGGCCAUUAGAUAAAGUCCGUAAUGACGUCGUUCCUGCCACAUUCCUACGGAGGAACAGUUUCACCCCGCUGUCCAGUCACGACCAGGUGAAGCGACCGCGCCUCUACAGCGCUGGCAACCUACCUCAAUCUCGACGUCCCCUGGCCCCCUUUCUACCCAACAUGCAGUCCUUUGAGGACCCUGAGGGAGCAGAGUUGGCACAAAGCCAAGAGUAUCUCAACUGCUUCAGCCCAGGAGAUGCAGAAGAUGCUGUCCACAGUUGAAGAGGACUGAGAAGGGUGUCUCCACUCCCCCACAUUUUCGCUGCCAUCAGAUCUGGGUUCAAAUACAAUUUAGAAAUCUUGUUAAAUACCUUUAGUGUUUGCUUUAGCUUGCCUGGAGUGCCAGGUGGGUAGUGUUUGCUUUAGCUUGCCUGGAGUGCCAGGUGGGUAGUGUUUGCACUUUGGGGACUUUUCCGAUGAUUCCAUUACAAUAGGCAAGCGCUAUAAAGCACAGCUAAAUAAUGUUUUAUUAUUUCAAAUAGUAUUUGAACCCAGGUAACCUCUGUCUGCUCAGGCUUGCUUCAUACCAUGCCAGCCUUACCAAUUUGAUUGUCAAGCAGGAGUUCAAGCACACUGUCUUAGCAGCAAAUUAGGUAUGGAAUGUGGUUGUUGUAGUGGCCAGAAUUUGUUCUACAGUUCCAUUUCUGUUGCCAUCUGUUAGAUAGAUGGUGUGUGUGGGUGAAGAGCGAUAUGAUUUGAGACAAACAUGACCUUGCGCA